UCUUCCCCAAAUCGACCUUCAGGAAUCUGAAGGUCGUAGGUCGAGCCUUCAUCUGCAGGUAUAAGAAUGUUGAGUAACAGAGAGAGUGACACACAAGCGAACAGACCUGAACGAGUCCUCAACCUCCAUCAUCCUCCCUACAAUGAAGGUCUUGGUGAUCGUAGUCUUGGGUCUGGUGGCGCUGGCUGCUGCUCGACCCAACGAAGUCUUUGACUUCGAGGGCGACGAUGCUGAGCACGAGCAGGAGGGCGCUCCUGGUCACUCAGUCACUGGAGAGUACAAGUGGGAGAGUCCAGAGGGUAUUGAGUUCGUUGUAAAGUACAUCGCUGACGAGAAGGGGUACCGAGUGCUGGAGUCCAACGCUGUUCCAUCUUCCAACGGUGUCUCUGCUGAUGGUGAACAAGCCGAUCUUGAAGGUGACGAAGAUGAUGACGGUGAUGAUGAUGAUGAUGACAAAUAGACAGGAAAUAGAUAAGAAGGCGUCGAUGACAGGCUUCAGCGAUGUCUCCUGAAGCCAACACUGGAGGCGGGUCGGUCUGACAGGAUGAUUGUACUCUGUAAUAACUGUCUUGUGGGGUAUAUAUGCUGUGUAUAUCUCAGUGUAUAUACACUGAGAGGUGUAUAUCUUACUGUAUAUGCACUGAGAGAGGUGUAUAUCUCAGUGUAUAUGCACUGAGAGAGGUGUAUAUCUCAGUGUAUAUACACUGAGAGGUGUAUAUCUCAGUGUAUAUACACUGAGAGGUGUAUAUCUCGGUGUAUAUACACUGAGAGGUGUAUAUCUCAGUGUAUAUACACUGAGAGGUGUAUAUCUCAGUGUAUAUACACUGAGAGGUGUAUAUCUCAGUGUAUAUACACUGAGAGGUGUAUAUCUCAGUGUACAUGCACUGAGAGGUGUAUAUCUCAGUGUAUAUGCACUGAGAGAGGUGUAUAUCUCAGUGUACAUGCACUGAGAGGUGUAUAUCUCAGUGUAUAUGCACUGAGAGGUGUAUAUCUCAGUAUAUAUGCACUGAGAGAGGUGUAUAUCUCAGUAUAUAUGCACUGAGAGAGGUGUAUAUCUCAGUAUAUAUGCACUGAGAGAGGUGUAUAUCUCAGUAUAUAUGCACUGAGAGAGGUGUAUAUCUCAGUGUACAUGCACUGAGAGGUGUAUAUAUCUCAGUGUAUAUGCACUGAGAGGUGUAUAUAUCUCAGUGUAUAUGCACUGAGAGGUGUAUAUAUCUCAGUAUAUAUGCACUGAGAGGUGUAUAUAUCUCAGUGUAUGUGCAUCGAGAGGUGUGUAUAUCUUAGUGUAUAUACCCCAUUAAGCUGUAUAUCUCUCAGUAUAUAUUCACCUACUACAUCCCUUAUUACAGGCAUUAAGGUUACCAUAACUCGUGGUAAACAGGUUGUCAUAAGCCUUAAUGACCCUCGUCUAGUCUAGGUUUCAACCCUAACUCAUUCCCCCUACCUUUAAACUAUUCAAUGAAGCC